AUGCGACAACCGGCAAUGCCUAUCAUCUCGCCCUUUGAGUCUUCCAUUGCGAAGCCCGGCCAGGGCACCGUGGUCCUGUCCCUCCUCCCACCCGCCAACCCCACCCUCACCACCCUCACCUACAAAUACCCGCUGAAGCUAGUCCCUCGAGCACCGGGAUUCGCGGGCAGCAAUGGCCAUGGACCGGCCUCGGAGGAGUCGAAGAGUCCCUCCCGGCCGGUGCACCUCUAUCUUCUCACCUACGGCGGCGGGCUUCUGCCGGGUGACCACAUCGAGGUGUCGAUCACACUCGAGCCGAAGACGAGGAUGGUUGUGACCACGCCGCAAGGGAGCACGAAGAUAUUCAAAACGGACCCCAACAACCGCGGCAACAUGCCCCAUGUGAUCAAGGGACACCGCAAACAAAUGCCCGCCAACGAGCACCUCUCCGACAUGAGCCAACAGACCCUGAACGUCCGCAUCGGCCGCCAAGCGGCCCUGUGCUACUUGCCGGACCCCUCAGUGCCUUUCCAAUACAGCCGCUACGCCCAAAUACAGACCUUUACCGUGGAUGCCGCCGCCAAGGGCGAGCAGCGGAGCAGCCUGUGCGUACUCGACUGGGUGACACAGGGCCGCACGUCGCGCGGCGAGGACUGGAACUUUCGUUCCUGGCGGGGCCGGAACGAGGUCUGGGCCACCGACGAGAAGACGGGCAAAAGCCGACUUUUACUCCGGGAUUCAGUCAUCCUAGACGAUGAGGACGAAGACCUCGACAGCGACGAAGAUGAAGACGAAGAAGACGACGAGGAGGAGGGUACCACCACCGAUCCCCGUGGCAACAGCCACUCCGGCCGCGUUGACACUCCGCCGCCGCAGGCCGGCCUGGCGCCCAUGAACAUCCUCCAGGAACGGACACGGCCGCAUGGCGUUGUUGGCACGCUGAUCCUGUCCGGGCCAGUAUACGACGAUCUCGGUUCCUUCCUCAUGCACCAAUUCACCUCGCUGCCGCGCAUCGGCAGCCGGAAUUGGUCGGCAACCGCACCGCCCUCUGAACCGGAGUCCUCGCCCAGCACAAAUUCCAACGUCACCUGGACCGCGGCGCGCGUGCGUGCUGGGUUCGUGCUUGUCAAAUUCGGCGCCAAGGACUUCGAAACCGCCAAGCACUGGCUGGGCGGACUGCUCCGCGAGGAGGGCACUGUGGCGCGCGAGUUUGGCGAGGAAGCCCUGUUUAGCUUAUGA